AUGUACACUGUCAAUUCCUCUAAAAUUGAGAUCUCCACCUUCUUCCUGAUUGGAAUCCCAGGACUGGAGCAUGUUCAUGAAUGGAUCUCUAUUUUUAUCUGCCUCAUGUACUUGGUGGCCAUUUUCAGCAAUUGCACCAUCCUCUUUGUGAUCAGGACAGAACCCUCACUCCAUGCACCCAUGUACUAUUUCCUUUCCAUGUUGGCUAUCUCUGACCUGGGCCUGUCCUUCUCAUCCCUUCCCACUGUGCUGAGCGUCUUUGUUUUCAAUAAUACCGGAAUUUCCCCAAACGCUUGCUUUGCUCAAGAAUUCUUUAUCCACGGAUUCACAGAUAUGGAGUCCUCUGUGCUCCUGAUCAUGUCUUUUGACCGCUUUUUGGCCAUACGCAGCCCUCUGAGAUACAACUCUAUUCUCACCAAUGCCAGAGUUGCUAAGAUGUGCCUGGUGUUUUCCAUUAAAAGCAUGCUCUUAAUGCUCCCAUUUCCUUUCACUCUCAAAACAUUAAUAUAUUGUAAAAAAAGCCUACUUUCUCACUCCUAUUGUCUGCAUCAGGAUGUCAUGAACCUGGCCUGUUCUGAGAACACAGCUGACUUUUUCUAUGGUUUCUUUGUUGCUCUCUGUAUGAUGUCAGACAGUGUGUUCAUUGCUGUGUCCUAUGUGUUCAUUCUGAAGACUGUGAUGGAAAUUGGAUCUCAUAAGGAACGGCUCAAGGCCCUCAACACCUGUGUCUCCCACAUCUGUGCUGUGCUCAUCUUCUAUAUACCCAUCGCUGCUUUAGCCUUAAUGCACCGCUUUGGCAAUUACAAUUCCCCAAGUGCUGUAAUCAUCUGUGCUGACAUUUUCUUGAUAGUGCCACCUUUGAUGAAUCCCAUUGUAUACUGUGUGAAGACACGGCAAAUUCGUGAGAAGGUUUUUGGGAAAUUAGGUCUAAAAUAA